GGGUGUGAGAGGCUGGGCUGCGGCGGGCCACCUGGGCCAUCCAUCUUCUCCGGCGAGCCCUGGGUUUCCUCGCGUGUAGAAGAGGGUGGGGAAUGGGAGGCACCGCCAGCCUCCUCCUCCUCCUCGCCUUCCCUUCUCUCUAGCCCGCCCACUGCCUGCUGCUCCGCGGCCGGCCGGCGAGGACGCUGCCGCACCGUGGACUCAAGGUUAGCCGCUGAGUCCGCGCGCGCUCUCGGCCCGGGCAGGCCAGAGGGGAGGCGCAGCUGCAGGGCGUGUAUCUCCUGCAGGCUCGCUCGCUGGCUGGUGUGCGCGCGCGCGGCCGUAGGCAACUUUGCAGCAACCCGAGGCGGGGCUCCCCCUGCUGUGUGUGCGUGUACAUGUGUCACCCGCGGCCUCACUGGGGCAGCGGGGGGAAAGAGGGAACGAGAACAAGAAGGCGGCGGCCGCGGCAAAGAAGAAGGGAAGUCUGCGCUCUCUCCAGAUGGUGGCCUCUGCGAUCUCAUUCGGGCAGAGCUGAGCGCGCCGCCAGGGAGGCCUGGGUCUGCCUUUAUCCUCAGCAUCAUUAGUCGCCCCUGUCCCGGCAGUAGCAACAGUGUUUUCCCCGGAGAGGAAAGAGAAGAGGCAGCGGCAGCAUCCCCAACUACAGCGGGACUAGUUUAGUGCCAGGGCUGGUGCCCGCUUAGCCGGCGAAAAAAGAGAGCGACAGAGAGAUGUGUGUGGCAGCCAAGGGCCCCUCGCCACUCUCAGCGCUCUUCUUUGCAAUUGGGGGUGCUGGGAGCGCGCUCCCCGGGCUCAGUUUCUAAAGCUCCGUGCAGCUCCGGGAAAGCUUUCUCCAGGGCCAGGCUUAACAAUGGUGAAGAGAGCCGGCGUGACCCGGCGGCUGUAGAGGAAGUGGGCAGGGUCCGGGGUGGGGUUUCGAAGGUGGGAGACGCCCCCCGCACCCCCACUGGCUGCUCUCGGGCUGGAGUUUGCCUCACUUCUCUGUCCUCAAGCCCCUGGCUCUCCUUUCCCUUGGCGAUCGCGGACUCAGCGUGGGUUGGGAGGAGAUGGUGCCAGCACCUGGAUUAAUCUAGUAGUUGGCUUCAGCUUCCUCGCACCCUCCUCCUCGUCCUCGUCCUCGUCUUCUUCCUUUACCUCCCGCUGCCGCUGCUGCUGCUGGGAACCCCGGCGUGUGGGAGUCUAAAACUCUCUACCUCUUCGAGGACACUGUGGUUUGUGACCAUUGCCCAGAACUUGCCCGUUUUUUAACCCCCCGUUUCCCCGAAACAACUGGAUGAUGUCCACCCCGAGCCGAUUCAAAAAGGACAAAGAGAUCAUAGCCGAGUAUGAAAGUCAAGUCAAAGAAAUUCGAGCCCAGCUGAUAGAGCAGCAGAAAUGUCUGGAGCAGCAGACCGAGAUGCGGGUACAGCUCCUGCAGGACCUGCAAGAUUUCUUCCGCAAAAAAGCCGAAAUUGAGACUGAGUACUCCCGCAACCUGGAGAAGUUGGCAGAGAGAUUCAUGGCCAAAACGAGAAGCACAAAAGAUCACCAGCAGUACAAGAAAGACCAGAACCUUUUGUCUCCAGUGAACUGCUGGUAUUUACUGCUAAACCAAGUAAGAAGAGAAAGCAAGGACCACGCCACGCUAAGUGACAUCUAUCUGAACAAUGUCAUCAUGCGGUUCAUGCAGAUAAGCGAGGAUUCUACCAGAAUGUUUAAAAAGAGCAAAGAGAUUGCAUUCCAGCUUCACGAGGAUUUAAUGAAAGUUCUUAAUGAGCUCUAUACGGUCAUGAAAACAUACCACAUGUAUCAUGCAGAAAGUAUCAGUGCGGAGAGCAAAUUAAAAGAAGCAGAAAAACAGGAAGAAAAACAAAUUGGAAGGUCCGGCGACCCGGUCUUUCACAUCCGACUGGAAGAGAGACAUCAGAGGCGGAGUUCUGUGAAGAAGAUUGAGAAAAUGAAAGAGAAGAGACAAGCAAAGUAUUCUGAGAAUAAAUUAAAAUCCAUCAAAGCACGAAAUGAAUAUCUUCUAACCUUAGAAGCAACAAAUGCCUCCGUGUUCAAGUAUUACAUCCAUGACCUUUCAGAUUUAAUUGAUUGCUGUGAUCUGGGCUACCAUGCCAGUCUGAACAGAGCCCUCAGAACAUAUCUUUCUGCAGAGUAUAACCUUGAAACCUCCAGACACGAAGGCUUGGACAUUAUUGAGAAUGCAGUUGAUAAUUUAGAGCCCCGGAGUGAUAAGCAGAGAUUCAUGGAGAUGUACCCUGCCGCCUUCUGCCCACCAAUGAAAUUUGAGUUUCAGUCUCACAUGGGUGAUGAGGUGUGUCAGGUCAGUGCCCAGCAGCCAGUGCAAGCAGAGCUCAUGCUCAGGUACCAGCAGCUGCAGUCACGAUUGGCCACACUCAAGAUCGAGAAUGAGGAGGUUAAGAAAACAACCGAAGCUACAUUACAGACAAUACAAGACAUGGUCACCAUCGAGGAUUAUGACGUCUCUGAGUGCUUCCAGCACAGUCGAUCCACGGAAUCCGUGAAGUCCACCGUCUCAGAAACAUACUUGAGUAAACCCAGCAUUGCUAAAAGAAGAGCCAACCAGCAGGAAACUGAGCAGUUCUACUUCAUGAAAUUCAGAGAAUACCUGGAAGGCAGUAAUCUCAUUACCAAGCUUCAAGCCAAACAUGACUUGCUGCAAAGGACACUGGGAGAAGGUCACAGAGCUGAAUAUAUGACCACAAGGCCUCCAAAUGUUCCCCCUAAGCCCCAGAAACACAGGAAGCCCAGACCCCGAUCACAGUAUAAUGCUAAGUUGUUUAAUGGGGAUUUGGAAACAUUCGUCAAGGAUUCAGGGCAAGUCAUCCCCCUCAUUGUGGAAAGUUGCAUUCGGUUUAUCAAUCUGUACGGUCUUCAACAUCAGGGGAUUUUCCGAGUAUCUGGCUCCCAGGUGGAAGUCAAUGACAUUAAAAAUUCAUUUGAGAGAGGUGAAAAUCCCUUGGCUGAUGACCAAAGUAACCAUGAUAUUAACUCAGUUGCUGGAGUUCUGAAACUUUUUUUCCGCGGGCUGGAAAACCCCCUCUUUCCUAAGGAAAGAUUUAAUGAUCUUAUUUCAUGUGUCAGAAUAGAUAAUCUCUAUGAGAGGGCUCUUCACAUCCGUAAACUCCUCCUUACUUUGCCCAGAUCGGUCCUUAUCGUGAUGAGGUACCUUUUUGCUUUCCUCAACCACCUCUCACAGUACAGCGAUGAAAACAUGAUGGACCCCUAUAACCUCGCCAUUUGUUUUGGGCCAACACUAAUGCCUGUUCCAGAAAUACAGGACCAGGUGUCUUGCCAGGCUCACGUGAAUGAGAUUGUCAAAACUAUCAUCAUCCACCAUGAGACCAUUUUCCCAGAUGCUAAAGAGCUAGAUGGCCCAGUUUAUGAAAAGUGCAUGGCUGGGGAUGACUACUGUGACAGCCCAUAUAGCGAGCAUGGUACUUUGGAAGAAGUCGAUCAGGAUGCUGGUACAGAGCCUCACACCAGUGAAGAUGAAUGUGAACCCAUUGAAGCGAUAGCCAAGUUUGACUAUGUUGGGAGGUCCGCCCGAGAACUGUCCUUCAAGAAGGGGGCCUCACUGCUCUUAUAUCACCGAGCAUCUGAGGACUGGUGGGAAGGAAGACACAAUGGAAUUGAUGGCCUCGUACCUCAUCAAUACAUUGUGGUACAGGAUAUGGAUGAUACCUUUUCUGAUACACUGAGCCAAAAAGCAGACAGUGAAGCCAGCAGUGGGCCCGUUACAGAAGAUAAGUCUUCAUCCAAGGACAUGAACUCCCCAACUGACCGUCAUCCCGAUGUCUAUUUACCCAGACAAAGAAAAAGGGCUGAACCACCCCUUCCUUCAAGGCGUCCUGGCAGGACCAGUGAUGGCCACUGCCCUAUCCACCCACCACAUUCACUUUCCAACUCCUCAGUUGACCUUGGGUCCCCUAGCCUGUCCAGCCACUGCAGCCCCCGAGCCUUGCUGCAGAACCGCAGCUUCAACAAUGAUAGCCCGGAGAGAAGGCGCCGUCCUGGCCAUGGCAGCCUGACAAACAUCAGUAGGCAUGAUUCUCUAAAGAAGAUCGACAGCCCUCCCAUUCGGAGAUCAACAUCAUCGGGCCAGUAUACAGGCUUCAAUGACCAUAAACCAUUGGACCCAGAGACAAUUGCUCAGGAUAUCGAAGAGACAAUGAACACCGCCUUGAACGAACUCCGAGAGCUGGAAAGGCAGAGUUCAGCAAAGCAUGCCCCGGACGUGGUGCUAGAUACCUUGGAACAAAUGAAAAACUCCCCCACACCUGCCUCCUCCACUGAAUCCCUCAGCCCUCUCCACAAUGUGGUGCUCCGGAGCACCGAGCCUCAGAUCCGACGUAGCACGAGCUCUUCCAGUGACACAAUGAGUACUUUCAAGCCCAUGGUGGCACCCAGGAUGGGCGUGCAGCUGAAGCCCCCAGCUCUUAGGCCAAAACCCAUCGUUCUUCCAAAAACAAAUCCAACUAUAGGACCCACACCUCCUUCUCAAGGGCCAGCAGACAAAUCGUGUACGAUGUAAAAAAACAAACCAACAAACAAACUGAUGAUCCAGAAGGUAGAAAAAGGGGUUGAAGAAAGGAACAGAAUUGUGGGGGGGAAAAUGUCAAGGCUUCUUGUCUUCAUGAGUUUUGUGCUUGUAACUGGAGAUACUCUGGCUUUUCUGUCUUUUUGAAUGUAACGUCUGAGACUUGCUACAUUAACACAGGCAUUUGUAUUUUGUAUUUUGUUUUCUUUUUAAAAAAGCUGGACAUUUCUACAUGUUUUAAAGACAAUAGAAACACAUUAGAUUUACUUGAAAAAUCAAUGCUGCACCACUUGUAAAAAGAGAUUGGAGCACAGUAUGGUACAGGAUGUCACAGAUUUAGCCUAGCUGAUGUUAGGAAGAGAUUUCCUGAGUGAAGGGAUGGAAAAUUAAGGACCAGAGUUUGUGGGGAUUUUAGCCCCUGCCAGCAGACUGUAUGGAGCUGGGAUGAUGGGUCAAAACUGAUAAAUGUAGUGGCGAGAGACGAUUCAGUGAUCGUGUCAGAUCUCAGACACAGAAGGCAUGCACUCCACAACUAGGCUUGUCACUGAUGCAGAUUAGUACCCCUGGAUCAGCCCAGGCUUGGGUGAGAUGGGUGGUUUAAUUAUUCCCCACCUAUAAGAAUGGCUUAUCCAAAGUCUGGGAAGUAUGUCAUGAUUGGAAUAGCCUCGGAUCAGAUUUAGAAGAUCCCAUCUGAAGCACUGCUCUGCUACUUACUACUUGUGUGAUUUUGGGCAAGUUACAUAAUAACUCUGGGCCUUGGUUUCCUCAUCUAUAAAAUGGGAUUGGAAUGGAUGACCUCUAAGAUCCUAUCCAGCUCUAAAUCUAGGAUGCCAUAAGCCUAAGACUUAUUAUCCAUGGGAAACCUACAUAAUUAUACUUGAGUUUAACUGGGGAGAAGGAAGAUGACAACAACCACUUUUCUAGAGCUAUCAAUAUUAUUCUUUUCAUGAAUAUAAAUAGAAUCCUGGGGCUUUGAAAGGUCACCUAAUUUAUCCCUCUCCCCUCAGGUAAGACUGCACUAUACUGAUGAAAAUCCUGUUAUUAAAGGCUGCCAGCUAUUCAUACUAAUACCUCUCGCUGAUGUAUUUUUAAGUAAUUGUCAUAAAGCUCUUUUUUAUAUAUAACCCAGAUCCUUGCGCUGACCUUAAUGGAAUGGCGAACACACUCUUUGAAUCUCGUAUCCCCUUUGGACUUUGCUUCCUCAAGCUAAAUAAUCCUCGUGUCUUUUCAGUUUCCCCAAAGAUAUGAUGUUCUGAAUUUUUAAUCAUUUUUUGAGAAUCUUUUAUAAAUUCUCUCCAAGUUCUUUAAAUUAGUCAUUGCUACAACCCAGAACUGACCUUAGUGCUCAAGGAAAUCUCUGACCUAUUUUUAAUCAAGUGUUCUCAUCUCCUGGCUCUGCCCUAAAAGCUCAUGGAAGAGAGAGAUGGAAGGAAUCUUAAAGACCACUGAAUCCAAAUCCCAUAUUUUACACAUGAAGAAACUGAGGCCCAGAGAUAUUAUGUGACUUGUCUAAUGGCACAUAGAUAGUAAGCAAUAGGAGAAAAAAAAAGAAUUCAAACCUAGGUCUUCUGACUUGAAAUCAUUGUUCUUCCCACCAUAUCAUGCUGCCUCAUGCAUAAACUAUAUCUUCAUGUUCAAUUAGGCACCAUUUUGAUUUUAUAAAUAAGAAAACUGAGGCUUACAGAGAUUUGAACCCCCUACACAAUCUCUUUCACUCUUCCACAAUUUUGAAAGGUUCUAGGUGACUUUAGUUACCAUGAGAGAUAGGACUAUUUUGAAUAACCUGUAACCCAUUUCAAGAAUAUCCCUCUAGACUUCUUCCAAUGUUCCUUCCAGCUCUUGAUCCUGUCUCUGCAUCCAGGGGCAAGCUUGUUCCUUCACUAUAAAACUUUAUUACAAAUUGGCUUGUUACCCACUAGGACCAUCCAUAUCUUUUUUCUUCCAUGCUUCGACACAUCCAGGUUUGUCUGUUUUGUCUUUGCACAGAUUUUUUUCCCUGUUCCCAAAUUUAUUACCCUAAAUUGGCCUUAUAGGACAGCCCUUUCUUCCUUCCUUCCUUACCUCCCCACCACUGAUUGCUUCUUCAGUUUACAAAGACCACUUUAAAUCCUGGGUUAUAUUUUUCAAGACAGUAACUUCAUUCUCUUCAUCUAUAAAAUAAAGAGGUUGAUCUUUAGUGCCCAUUUCAACUUCUUUGCUUCCUAGAAUUCUAAUUCCCUUCCCAUCCUUCCACCCCCAAACUGUUGUCAUUGGCAAAACUAACUAAACAGUUUGAGGUUCUCUGUGCCAUCAUGAGUGACUGGAUAAAAAUAUUCUUCCAAUUAAAUAAGUGAAAGACCCAGAAGCAGUCUCGGUAGGUUAGAACUUCUACCCCUAGAUUAACACCAAUCCAUUAGUAAUUGCUCUGGAGUUAUUACAAGUAGACUUUACUAGACUAGCUCCAGGAAGAGAGGGACCAUAUUCUAAAUACUUUUAGUGCCUAGCAUAGGGCUUUGUAUAUAGUAGGUGCUUAAUAAAUAUUUCUUUAAACCAUCCAACUGGUUGUGUGCCUGCCCAUCUUGUGUCUAAAAUAAAGGGUGUGAUUUUUUAGCCUUCAUCAUUCAAGAAGGACUUGGAGCCUUUACUAAAAUCCAAAGUGAUCACAUUGAUUUCUCUCCCUUGAUUUACUAGACUAAUUCUUCUGCCUCAAAGAUUAAAUGAAUGAGAAUGAAUUAUGACACCCAUGCCUACUACUACUACUCACCAAAUGGAUUUCUGAUGGAUUUUUCCCUAGUAUUUUUCCUAGGUAUAGACAUGAUGCCCUGGUAAUAACCUGGUCCAUUCUGUUCAUUUUACAGAUGGUAAAACCAAUGCCCACAGAGAUUGUGACCCUCUGUAUCAUCUCCCUCACUCUUCCACCGAUUUUGUUGGUUUUAGAUCCUCUGGGAAAUAUCACCAUAUCUGACAGUAGGGAAUAACAUUUUGCCUAUCUAAAGGUCUUUGUCUAGAAGACUUCUAAAGCCCCUUCCAGCUCUGGACCUUUGGCCGUGGAAUUCUAGGAUACAAUUUCCCUCAACAUAAAAACCUCCCAAGUUUUCCCCUCCAACUUGGUUUCCACUCUCCCUACCUCCUUGUUCCCAGAACCUAUUAUUCGUUGGAUAGGACAUACUUUGGUAAAAUAAAUUUCAAUGUUUUAGGAACAAGAGAAGGGUGAUCAAAAAUGUUGAGCCAGGGAGAUAGUCACAAAAGUCAUCCAAAAAACAGAAAUGUUUAAUUUUUCUCUUCUGUAUUUGUGUGUGUGUGUGUGUGUGUGUGUGUGUGUGUGUGUGGCAAGUUGCAUAAUCCCAUUCCCCAGCUUUAGCUUUUCAGGCCUUUGCUCUUUCUGUGAACUGCUCCUCAGCAAUCCUGCCCAAGGUUCUACCUUAUAUGGCAUUGGCCUCUGUGAUUUAAGAUGGAGUGAUACUCCGAAGACAGCUAAAAGCACAAGACCAGAGGAUUUCGCAGGGACUCAGAGGUCAGCAGUUUCUUAGGCAGAAUAUCUUCUGGUCUUUCCUUCAUUGUUCCUCCCUGGUCCCUAGCCUCCUGCUGGAUUCCCAAAGACUCAUUAUUUGUGCUAGCACACGAGAGGGACCUUAUUCAGAAGCACAGCAAGGGAAGGAUGAGGAUAAAGCUAUCCUUGCCUUGCUUCAAGAAUCUUCCACUUCCAGAUCUGAAAUCAGAUGGCCACUAUACAAAGUUGCCAAAAUCAACUUCUCCUUGAUGCCCUUUUGACACAGGACAAAGAUGCCCUACCUCGGUGACUAUGCAAAGACCCCAAGGAGCUGUGGCUGAGUUUCUUUGUGAGGUCUAAAGUCAUGCAGUAAGGUCAUUGAAAAUGUCAACUAAAGAGGAAUCCCCCUUGGCACCCCUUAACCUUUACAACUAACCACUGUUAGGAUGGAGCAUCCUAACACCACACAAAGACUAGAGAAGGAUUGGCCUGUGUCGUUGAGAAUACUAAGAUCAUUUCUGAUUUCAAGCUUAUAAAAACUCACUAAUAGCAUCAUUGGGGAGUGGGGAAUGGGUGAACCAUUUUAUUUGAUGGAACCAAUGAUGCUUAACUCAGUUCGUAGAAUUGAAGUUUCUAUUCCAUAGAGUCCUUUGAUGUUAGUUAUUCCACGAAAGUCACUUUUUUGGUAGGGAAGCAAGUGGAAAGGAUUGAAGGUCAAGAGAGAGAAAGGUAUAUUGGUAUACUUUUUUUUGAAAAGUAUUUCACAGACACUUGUAACAUGGUCAACGGUCCUUUGUUAGACUGGGAGUGAGAGGAAAGAAGAGAAAAGGAAGGGAACAUGUCAACUCCAAUGAAUAGCAGUUUUGCACAUUUUAACAAGAUAUUAUAACUUUUUUUAAAAAUUAUUUUCCAUGCCUGCCUCAUCCAUAGGAUAAUUUAUAUCAGGUUCUUACAUGUAUACAGUGCCACUGCCCUAUAGACUCUGGCUGAGAAACAUGUCUCAGUGGAAUUGUCUCUAGAAGUAAAAGUGGUUUCAGUUAUGAGUUGCCUGUCCUAAUAGUAGUAUCUCACUGGAAUUUUUUUCUGGGCCCAAGUUAAUUGGGGAAAAGGAGAAAUGAGUAUCUCACGCUUAGUUUCCUUAGCAUGAGAGGCCAGAAAAAUGGGUCUCUUCAGGAUUUGAGAAUGACUUCGCCUCUCUGGGAUUUUCUAACUAAAUAAGGAUUUGCCAGUCAACAGGGAAUCCAAAAUCCAGAGUGUCAUCCCCAAGACGUGACCGAGAAUCUAUGCAGUGGGUUUAGGAACAAGCCUUCAGAUUUUGGAUGCUAUUUAGAAUUGGCAGUGGUAUGUAUCCCUUUGUCCUUGGUCUCUGAAAACUGUAAAUAGCAAGAGUGGUCUUGAAAAGAUGGCAUAUAAGGGUCUGCUUUGGGACAGAGUCCUAUCUUUGGGGCAUCAGGCGGUGUGGAAGGGAAGGCUACCACUCUAUAACCAGGGCCACCAUCUAUCUAGCUUGUUUGAAUCGAGCAUCUCUGGCCUGAUAACCCUGACCUCCAGCAGGAUUCUGAGGUCAAUCCCAGUGUCUGGGUGCCUUUGGGACUUCCUGUCCAGGACCAAGAAUUACUUUUAUAAUCUUUAUAGUAAGAUUAGUAGGAUCAGUGGAACAAACUGGAAUUUCAGCUUUCAUUCACAUGCAGUUCUAGCCUAGUAUUGUUUCUUAAAAAAGAAAAAAUAGCCUAUGUGGUAUAAUUGAGAUGGAUCCUGUAUCUUUAAAUUCCAUAGGGGAUUUUAUGUGUCUAAAUAAUGUACUGCAUUCCAUAAUGCUUAUCUUAGAAACUGUCUAGUAAAAGAAAAUAUUAGGAACCAUGCAUUUUGUGGAUGCCCCCAAUCCCCUUAGAGCAUUCACACAAGUUCAAUGUGUAGUUUGAUGGUUAUUAUAGCUAUUUAAAGUGUAGUAAGUGGAUAUGUAACAGGAAAGACUGAGACAACUACAGAUGUACUUGAGUAAAGGUAACUGCUGCACACCUAAUUCAAUCAGUAUUGUCCUUCACUACCGUUUGAUCAAUGGCAGUCCCGGUGGCUCCCUGUUUGUGACUGUUACCUACCUAAUUGUGUCAGUGUACAUCUGUAGUAUGUACAUGUGAAAGUGCCUUUAAAUUUUUUAGAGGAGCUUUGGCCUUGCUCUGUACUGUUGCAUUCCCUCCGUCUCCUGCCCCGACCUCCCAAAGCGCCUCCCCUCCAUUUCUUUUCUACUUGCCCACCUCCUCCUACCUGCUGCUUUGCCCCUUGUGUUCCUAUGUACUCUGAUAUCGUCUUGCCUUCUUCCUGGCCCUCCCUCCCUCACACCGCCUCAUCAUUCCCAUUGGGUCCCCUCGGUGUCCAAGAUGGCGGUAUGGCCAUUGUGUUCCCCUGUGCUCUUGUGCUGCCCGUUUCCAUUACAUUCCUUCCAUCCUUUGAGAUGAAAAGAAAGGGUGAUGAUUUUACAGUUCUGGAAGAAGCAAUGUUCUGUUAAUCUGUCGUGACGAUGCACUUUUAUGUAUAAUACUGUACAUUUCGGCAUGGACCAUUACAGGCUUCAGUACGCAUUCAGAUUUGUUCCUCAUAGUGUAUCUUUAUAAUAAAAAAAAAAGAUAGUCUGUC